UUGUUGAGCUAUAAAUAAAUAUUGUUGAUUGACUUAAACAUACAUCGAUCAUAGUAUCUGAUCUCUUGUAACGGACAUAUCUCCUCUUGAUCACCCUUUUCUUUUACAAAGCUAGAUUUCUCUUGUUGAAGCUAUAACUAUGUCGUGGUAUGGAAAUCCUAAUUGUUUUUUAAGAUGCAAGGGUCCGAAACAUAGGUUUCACAUAUACAAGAUACAGAAAAAGUUUAGCGUCCCUCUUAACAGUGGAGAUUUCGACACUUCAGCGGUUUUAGAUUUCUCUCGACAUCUUUCUUUGGGCCACAACCAAGAGAGCGAUUACGAUGUUCUUAAAUCUUGGUUAAAUGCAGAUGGCUGCGUUAAUAAGUAUGUAAAUUGUCAAGGAUUGGUGAUUUACAGGAAUUAUGGUGAUUCUCCAAGUACCUGGUCACGAGUAGAGGAAAAUGACUCGACUUUUUAUAAUCUACCUGGUAUUACAAAUCCUUAUGAAAUAAAAUUGGCUAAGAAACGCGCAGAUGAAAAAAAGAUCUCCGAUCUUCAAGAUAAGUUGGAUUAUGAAGUAACUAAGUUGAAUAGUGAAGUAACAUAUUUACAAGAGAAAUUAAACCAGGAGAAGAAUGAUAGACAAGCUCAAGUUUCCGAUUUGCCAACAAAACUCGAAGAGUGCAGACUGUGUAGCAGUGCUAGGGGUGGAUCCGCCGAUGUCCAACCAUGGACGAGUGGCGAUACUGUCUCUAGUCACUUGGUUCCUUCCAAGAACCUUGAUGUGAUAAGUUAUCCAAAUAGCACGUCUGUUACGAUCAUGGAAGGAUCAAGUAGCUGGUCACGAGUAGAGGAAGAUGACUCGAUUUUCUAUAGUCUACCUGGUAUUGCUAAUCAUUCUGAAACAAUGUUGGCUGAGAAACAAGCUGUUGAGAAAAACAUGUCCGAAUUAGUAGCACAAAAUUCAGUUCUCAGAGAAAAGUUGAAAGAGCAACUGAACCGGGAGAAAAAGUUUUCUGAGCUAGUUGCAGAAAUUUCCGGUCUUAAAGGGAAAUUGAAUAAUGAAGUAACAAAUCUGCAAGAGCAGCUGAACCAGGAGAAGAAUGAUAGGAAAGCUCUCCAAACACAAGUUCUCGAUUUGACAGCAAAACUCGAAGAAUGUCGUGGUGUUGGAGGUGGUAUAGAUUGACGAAGUGCAGGCGAGAUGUAAUACUUAAAGAGUGUGUCCACUGUGUUGAGUUAGUGUUUGUACGUUACGUACCUGACGUAAGUUUGUGAACUGAAAUGUGUUUGCACGUGAGUAUUGAUGUAUAACUAAUAUAUAAGUAUUAAUGUGUUUCUAAGUAUGCUGAGUGGAGAUUCAACUAAUAUAAGAGACAUUACAUA